CACUGUUGCGUUUUUAUGCACAACAGCACGAUGAGCGUCUGGACGUCUCGGUGCGCUCUCCUGACCUUGCUGUGCCUCUUUCUAAACACUUCGGCCACAGCGUCGACUUUUGAAGUGACAGUGCUUCACACUAACGACAAUCAUGCGCGGAUUGAGGAGACCAGCGUGGACUCGGGGAAGUGUCCAGACAAGGGUCCCUGUUUUGCUGGGGUCGCCAGGAGGUUCACUAAAGUGUCGGAGAUCCGGAAAAAGGAGAAAAAUGUUUUGUUCUUGGACGCUGGAGACCAGUUUCAGGGGUCUGUCUGGUUCAACUUCUAUAAAGGCGCCGAAGCAGCUCACUUCAUGAACAAACUCGGUUAUGAUGCCAUGGCUUUUGGAAAUCAUGAGUUUGACAAUGGAGUGGAGGGUCUGAUCCAGCCCUUCCUCGAAAAUGUUAAUUGCUCUAUGGUGAGUGCAAACAUAAAGCCAGACCAGACCCUGGCCGCAAAACUCAGCAGCUAUUACCAGCCCUACACUGUCAUAAAUGUGGGCUCAGAGAAAGUGGCUGUGGUUGGCUACACCACUGCAGAAACCCCCUUCUUAUCGAUGCCAGGCCAACAUCUAAAGUUUGAGGAUGAGGUGAAGGCACUCCAGGUUCAGGUCGAUAAGCUGGAAACCUUGGGCUAUAAUAAGAUCAUCGCCCUGGGCCACUCUGGCUUUGACAUGGAUCAACAAAUUGCCAAACAUGUGAGAGGGGUUGAUGUCGUCAUUGGAGGACACACCAAUACAUUCCUCUAUACUGGAAACCCCCCAUCCACUGAAGUGCCAGAAGGUCCGUACCCUUUCAUGGUGAGGUCCAAUGAUGGGAGACACGUGCCGGUGGUGCAGGCCUUUGCCUUUGGGAAGUAUCUUGGAUAUCUAAAAGUCACCUUUGACGAGGCUGGGAAUGUGGUGAAAGCAGUCGGGAACCCCAUCCUAAUGGACAGCAGCAUUCCUCAAGACCCAGAUAUCCUCGCUGACAUUAAGAAGUGGAAGAAAGACUUGGCUCAGUAUUCCUCUCAGUACGUCGGACAAACCUUAGUCUACCUCAAUGGGACGUUUCUAGAGUGUCGAUUUCGGGAGUGUAACCUUGGAAACCUGAUCUGUGAUGCUAUGAUUUAUCACAACAUAAAGUAUUCAACUGAGCUGCAGUGGAAUCAUGUGGGCAUUUGUAUGCUGAAUAGCGGUGCCAUACGGACAGCUAUAGACGAACAAUACAAAAAUGGUUCCAUAACAAUGGAGGACAUCCUCACUGUCUUGCCGUUUGGAGGGACCUUUGACUUGGUCAAGAUAAAAGGAUCGACAGUGAGGAAGGCAUUCGAGUACUCCAUUCACAGAUAUGGAAGCAUGUCUGGAGAAUUUCUUCAAGUCUCAGGCAUUAAGGUUCAGUAUGACCUCUCCAAACCAGUGAACCAGCGGGUGGUCUCCUUGUACAUGCUCUGCACUGAGUGCCGGGUUCCCAAGUAUGAACCGCUAGACCCCGAGAAGACGUACACUGUGGUCAUGCCUUCAUACAUAGUGGGCGGAGGCGAUGGCUUUACCAUGAUCAAGGACGAGUUACUGAAACAUAACACAGGUGACAUGGACAUUUCUGUAUUUUCCAAAUACAUUUCGGACAUGAAGCGCGUGUACCCGGCAGUGGAAGGGCGGAUCACGUUCAGGAACUCGGCUUUCCUAGCAGCACACAGCAUGGGUUUGUUGCUGCUGGGUUUAUGUCAGUCUCUGGCCCACUUGUGGCUUUGAUGUUAAACUGCCUGUAAAUUCCUGUGGGGUUUAGUUAACUGCCUUUGCAUGCCUUUAAGGACAGUAAGUAAACAACAAGAUUGUAGAGAAAGCCUCAGUGUAGUUUCAUACAGCGAUUUAAAUGAAUGAUUUUAAGGGCUUUGGAUGACAAGUGUUCUGUAUAACAGCAUCUUUCGUGCAUGUGAGCAAGAUAUUACAGCUGAAGAAGAAUGAAGAACCUUAAUAGAACAUUUUUUAACGUGCAUGUAAGUUCGUUUUUGAGACUGCUCUAGUGCCCAACUUUGUAUUGAGUUAACUAAAGGGGAAGCUGUCUAGCUGCUAUAUAUCUGCCAUGAAUAGAAAUGGAUGAAAACAAACCAAAGCCAAAAGUAUUAAUGCACUGAAUGUUGAAUAUACAUAUUCUUUGAUAUAUUGUAGUUUUUGUAGAACAUCUUCAAUCCUAAACUCACGUUCAUUACCUUUUGAGUGCCACAUGAGAUUUCUUUUCAAAAACAACACUGUGCCUGCUCAUCUAAUAUAUGAAUAAUAACUAUACUGCUACAAGUAUGUCCAUCAAGAUAAAAUAUUGCUAUAGUAGUUUAUGGUCAGUAAAUAAGUUAUACAUGUGUUUCUUCUCAUGAACAUUACCUUUUUCAACCUCUCCUUGUAUGAACUUGACAUGUUUUGUUUUGCCAAGAACCAAAAACCCCGAGCGGAUCAAAUACUUUGUUUCAAACCAAACAUUGACGUUCAUCUGGUUCGUAAUUCCAUCUUUAUAAAGUACUUUUGUAAGCCUGUUAGUACAUAUUUAAAAGGGAAGUAGAAGGCCCUUUCUCAGGUAUUUUUUAACCUAAAAAAUAAAUGGUAUUGUGACAACAGUUUAUCAAUGUGAAUUAUGAUUUUUUUUCUGAAGUAUUAUUCCUGCUGUUAUUGAGUCUGUACAUUACUCGUGUAAUCUUAGUCGACAAAUAGCGUUUAAAUGUGUUUUGUUAUAAUGAUGUAUUGAAUUAUGUCUUGUGAUUGUUUCAAAUAAAACGGAUUUCAUCGUGAACAAU